CUUCCUUCUACGGCGAUGGCUUUGUACAGCUUAAGGCAACGGAGUCGUCCAACCAUAACACACUCCGCGUUCGCUUCCGAACCUCCAGCACCAAUGGCCUGCUGUUUCUCGCCGCUGGCCAGACCGACUUCUUCCUACUAGAGCUCCGCGCUGGUCGCCUGCAGCUAAAACUGGACUUUGGAUCGGGAGAGCAAGUGUUACAAUCAGAGCAAGGCACCCAGCUCAACGACCUGGCCUGGCACUCUGUGGAGGUCCACCAUGUGCAGCACAACAUCACUCUGACUGUAGACAAGAACUCUCACACGAGUGUAAAGAUGUCAGGCUCUCGUCACGAUCUCCAUAUUUUGGAUGGUCUCUAUGUUGGAGGCUCAGGAGGCCUGGACAGACUUUACCUCCCCAGAGACCCGAUCAGCUUCCGAGGCUGCAUGGAUGAGGUGGUCUUCAAUGAACAUGACUUGCUGUCAUCACUGAGGCCGUAUACCGGAUUCAAGAAUGUCCAUGAGGUGUCGUUAGGCUGUAGUCCCCAAUUCUUUGCCACAGAGGAGGACCCCAUCAGCUUCUUCAGCUCUAGGGCUUACGUUUCUCUUCCAACCUGGAAUGCCCAGCAGGAAGUAGUAUUUGAGUGUGUUGUGCACACUUCAGCCAAAGAGGGAAUUAUCCUGUACAAUUCGGCCAGAGAUGGGGGCUUUAUGGCUGUGGAGAUUCAGGAAGGUUUGCCAGUGGCCAUUAUUGGGAAAGGUGGAACAAAAACCGAGCUCCGUUCCCUCACAUUCAUCAAUGACAGGAAAUGGCAUUCUGUCAAGUUGCAUUUUAGUUCCAAAAGCCUUGAGCUAAGUGUUGAUGGAGAGAUGGUGAAAAGCAGCAUUGGCUCUCGUUCAAAGGGGCUUCAGUUUAAAGGUUAUCUUUUUGUUGGAGGUAUUGAUGACAGCACCAGAGCAGAAGUCAGAAAGGUGGGGCUUGUCUCUGUGUCUGGAAAGCGUGUCAGAGGAGGUUCCUUUAAAGGAUGUUUGAAGAACAUUGAAGUCAACGGCGUGAAGACGGGUCUCUCCAAUGCUGUAGUUACCAAGGAUAUCUCAGUUGGUUGUGAGCCAGAGAAAGAACCAGAACCAUCAACGACUGUGAGUCCAACAAGUGCUCCGGCAUCCAUCUUUCACUUGGUGACACCAACACCAUCACUUCACAUGUCCACCGUCGCAAGGGGCUUAGACAACAGGUAUGGCUCGAAUUUUAUGCAACUCAAAAACCUUGUGGUCCCGGAAGGCAGUCGAGCAUCUCUUGAGGCCAAACACAUCAAGGUAAUUUUGGACUUCAAGAAGCUUGGCAUUCGACAAUCUCAGAUCAUGUUCCGAAUUCAGGAACAACCAAUUCAUGGCCAGAUAAGGCUUGAUGUUGAUCAGGAUCAAGAGGAGAACACUUUCAGCAUGUUGGACCUUUGGCAUGGACGAGUGAUGUAUAUCCAUGGAGGCUCAGAGGAACCAGAUGACUUCUUCAUGUUUUCAGUUUAUUCUAGCAGUAGAAAGCCAGUUCCUGAUUACCUGAGAGGCAACAAAUUGUACCGCUACAAUAUUACUGUGACACCCACCAAUGACGCACCUGAAUUGAGUCUCCCUGAAGGAAAUCUCUUUGUCCUUUUGGAGAACUCAAAGAAACGUCUCACCACGGAUGUUCUGAAGGCCACAGACAUUGACAGUAGCUACACUGAUCUUGUCUUCUCUGUGCUUGGGAACUUGAAUGCCGAUGCAGGAUAUUUGGAAAUAGAAAACAACCCUGGCAAGACAGUAACUUCAUUUUCAUACUUAGACUUGGAGGAAAUGAGGGUGUACUAUGUUCACACAGGAGUUCGAAACUCAAGGAUAGUCCUUAGAGUUAGCGAUGGCGAAAAGGUCAGCAACACUGUGGUUCUAAGGGUCAUGGCUGUAGCAUUGGAGUACAAGAUUGCCAACAACACAGGCCUUGAGAUCAUUCAAGGAGAGUCAGCUAUAAUUGGUUCAAAACAGCUGGCUGUGCAAACCAAUGCUGUGAAGCAAGUUGUAGAAAUCCGGUAUGAUAUCAUUGAGCCCCCUCAGUAUGGAGAACUCCAAAGACUCCACUCAAGUGGUGAAUGGAGGCCCACUGACUCGUUUUCCCAAAGGCUUCUGGAAAAAGAGCGCCUGAGAUAUGUUAGCACUUUUCAAGAAAUCCAGACAUCCAAUGCAACUGAUUACUUUAAGAGCAAAGUUAAUGUGGCUGCAAGGGCAACCACUGAAAUAUUUUUUUCAAUCACUGUGAAGUGGGUGAAGUACCACCUGGUCAGGAAUGUCAUGAUGGACAUGGAUAAAGUUAGAAAAGGGACACUGGACUCAACGUAUCUUUUUGCCACAGCUGAAGGUGUGGCCCUCUCAGAGGAGGACCUUUAUUUUCGUGUUCUCACUAUACCAAAGAAAGGGAAACUCCUGCUUGACACUACAGUCUUAAGGAAGAACUCAACCUUCAGCCAAAGAGAUGUUACAGAUCAAAAGGUACAUUACGAGCUAGUCGACAGGCCUUAUGAGGAUACAAGUGACAGGUUCAAAUUCCACCUGGUUUCCAAACAUGCUCAGUCACAAAAUUAUGAUUUCCAGUUUUCUAUUAAAGCUGAUGUCAACAGUGUGUUUAUGAGAAACAAUGGACUCUCACUUCUGGAGGGAGAAAGUAAACUUAUCACAAAAGAUGAGUUGUUUGCAGAGACGUUGAGUACAAAGGAUAUGUACUACACAGUCAUAAGCAGCCCCAAAAAUGGAAAGCUAGCCCGGAUUAGUCAGUCAAAUUCCAAUGCUAGCUACAAUAACAUCUUAACCUUUAGUAAUAAGGAUAUAUUAGAGGAACGAAUAAUGUACAUCCAUGAUGACAGUGAAACUACUCAAGACGAGUUCACUUUCAUAGCCUCCACCAGCCAAGGGUUCAAGUCUUCCAUUGCAGAAGAUGACAUUGGCUCCAAAGAAGGAAUGUUCAACAUAUCUAUUCAGUUAUUGAAUGACCAAAAGCCAGUACGUGUUAUUGAUAAAGUUUUCCAUGUAGUAAGGGAUGGACAGAAGUUACUCACUAUAGACGAUUUGCGUUAUCAUGAUGCAGACUCUGAUUUUGAUGAUGGCCAGUUGAUUUACACUAGACGUGGAAUCCCGAUGGGAGACCUAGUGCUGGUUAAUGACACUACACAUCGGCUGUUCCAGUUUCGACAGAAGGAUUUGGAGGAAAAGCGAGUGUUGUUCAUUCACAAAGGUGUGAGCACUGGCCGGUUUGUGCUCUUUGUCUCAGACGGAAAACAUUUUAUUUCAAGCCUUUUAGACAUCAGUGCCCAUGACCCUUUUUUCAAGGUUGGCAACAACACUGGCCUACUGGUUCAGAAAGGCCAGUCAGUAACCUUUUCUACUAGUAAUUUUAGUGUCAUAUCAAAUUUGGACAUCAGAGAUGACCAGGAGGUUAUCUUGAAGCUGGAUGAUGCUCCAAAGUAUGGAGGACUUUAUCGCAAUGAAAUAAAGGUGGAGUCAUUCUCACUGUCUGACUUAAAGGAUGGGCGGAUCUCCUAUCAUCAUAAUGACAGCAAACAUCUGGCAGACCAUUUCAACUUAACAGUGAAAGCUAAAGGUCUUCGACUUGCAGUGAGGAUCAAUGUGAAGGUAUACCUGGAGAGUCAUCAAAGGCCACCCAUCGUGCAGCACCACAACACCUUACUGGUGGAAGAGGGAAAACCAGUAAAGAUUGAUGAAACUAAACUAGAGGUCACUCACGAGGACAACCUGCCAUCUGAAAUCGUAUUCACAGUCAAGGUAGCCCCGUCUCAUGGCUUUCUCCGGCAAUUUGUCGAGGAGCGCUACAUCGGAACCAAACAGUCCCCUGUCAAGACGUUUACCCAAGAGGACAUUAACAGUGGGAACAUCCAGUACAUGCAGGUGGAGCCCAGCAAAGUCAGCGACACUUUCAUCCUCGAUGCCACCAACGGGGUCACUGAUGUCAAUGACAUUAGGAUGUCUGUUGACAUCAUCCCACGCCUCAUCCCACUUCAGGUCUCAAAUAUCACGCUGAACGAGGGCGCCUCCAAAGCACUGACCCAGGAUGUUCUCAAAGUCACGAACCGACACUUUUCUGGAAUCAACUUCCUGUAUAGUUUGACUGAGCCCCCGCAGCAUGGUCACAUUGAGCACUCUCGACACCCCGGUGUGCCCAUAACCUCUUUCACCAGGAGGCAGGUGGAACACGAAUUCAUUUACUAUGUGCAUGACAGCAGCGAAACCUCAGCUGACAACUUCACUGUGGUGGCCAAUGACACAGGCCUGAGGAAGCAGAGUGCAGUCCAGACGGUGUACAUCCAGGUUACAGCUGUCAACGAUGAGCCUCCUGUUAUUACAGCCAACAGGGUCCUCAGGGUUUGGGUGUCCUCAGUGACAGAGAUCAGGCCGGAGGAUCUGAGAGCGCAGGACUUGGACUCACCUCCAGAGGAGCUACACUUCAUGGUGACCCCACCCAGCAAUGGACACCUGGCCCUGAAGAGUGCCCCCAUGAAGGAAGUGCUCAACUUUACCCAGGCGCACAUAGACCAGGGACAGUUACUCUUUGUUCACAAAGGUGCUAUGUCUGGAGGAUUCAACUUCCAAGUCAAUGAUGGUGUGAACUUCACUCCCAGGCAGAUCUUCAGUAUCACUGCCAGAGCCUUAGUUCUCAUUUUAGAGAAAAACCGUCCACUCAAGGUGUUUCCAGGCUCUUCCACACCAAUCACAAAUGAGGAUUUACAAGUAGUGACCAAUGACAUCAGCAACACCUCGAACCGCAUCAUUACAUUCAGUGUGAUACGGCAUCCUAAACUGGGGCGUCUGGUGAUGAGGCAGCCUGAUAAUUCAACAGUGGACAUCUCCACAUUCACACAAGACAUGGUGGACAAGAAAGAGGUUGUGUAUAUUCAAGCCCCCAUCGAGUCAGUGGGCUGGGAAGCCAUGGACUCCAUUACCUUCUCUGUGACAUCACCGCCUACUUCUCUGAACAGUCAGACCUUCAGAAUAGACAUUUCUUAUGAGAAUACUGGACCUGAACACAACACAGUCCUGCUUGCAAACACAGGUGCUGAGGUAACAGAAGGGGAGAGUAUCAUCAUUGAUGAAUCCAAGCUGGAUGCCUCUAAUCUAAUGUCCAAGCUGGCGACCCCUCAACGGAGCUCCCAUGAGGUUUGGUUCCAGGUGACAUCUCUGCCUCAGCAUGGCGUCAUAGUGGUGGGUGAGAGAAACCUCACCAAGGAGAAACCUAACUUCUCCCAGUUCAUCAUUAACAAAUAUGGUAUCACCUACAAGCACGACAACUCAGAGACAACUCAUGAUUCGUUUGUAUUCAGUGCAUGGUUAAAUCUGAAGGGCAAAACAGCACAGCGCCCACAAGAAGACAAUAAUGUGGUUGAGGAGCGUUUUAACAUUACAAUCACACCUGUAAAUGAUCAGCCACCUUUGCUUAAAACAAAAGCUCCAAGUCUGAAGGUGGUACAAGGAGACACAGUGGCCCUCAGGCCUGAAAAUCUCAAGGUUGAAGAUUUAGAUAAUCCUCCUGAUGAUAUUAAGUUCUCUGUGAUAAGUAAGCCAAACAAUGGUUACCUAGCUCUUGAAGGGAGUUUGAAUGAGUCAAUAAUUACCUUCACCCAGGCUCAAAUCAAUAAGGGAGGCGUCUAUUUCAUCCACGAUGGAAGCUCUGUCUCAGGGGUGUUCUACUUCAGUGUCACAGAUGGCCAUCAUAAACCAAUAUAUAAACUCUUUAACCUAGAAGUGACAGAAAUCACAAUUACUCUGGUCAAUUGCACUGGAUUGACACUGGAGCAAGGCAAGACUUCAGUAUCACUGACCCAGGACAACCUUGCUGCUGAGUCCAAUGGUAAAAACAUCACCAUUCACUACCAGAUUACAAGGCCUCCAAGCUUUGGCAAAUUUCUAAAGGACAACCAAGAGGUUACACAGUUCGAACAGGAGGAUCUACAGUCUGGAAGGUUAUCUUACCGUAUGACCUCCCUUUCCUCUGCAGAAGACAGCUUUGAGUUCACUGCCUUCACUUCAGAAGCAAAUCUGACAGGCCAAGUGCUUAACAUUACUGUCAGACCUUUGAUACAGGUUGGCAAAGGUUUGAGGAUCCCCAAUGGUAUUACUGUCAAACUUAACGCUAGCUUUCUUAAUGCCUCUGAACUGGCUAACAUCAGCGAUAGUGACCCUGUAUUUGAAAUGAUUUCCCAUCCUAAGUAUGGGAAGGUGGUUCGGACAAAACCUAUAAUCUCCAUGAAAUCUGUACCAGCUGAGUCCUUCACUUUUCAGGAGGUGAUUCAGGAGAAGAUAGCCUUGGAGCUGAAUACCAACAUGACUGGAGUUCAAGAGCUAAAUGACUCACUGGUGUUUGUACUAAAAGCUGAAAACAUCCAACCUGCUAAAGGGGAGUUCCAUUUUUCAGUUGUGCCAUAUGAUCCAGCACUUUUUCCAACCACAAAGAGUCCUGUCCCAACCACAUCAUCUGUUCCUCAGACACCAAUCCAGACUUCCAGAAAUGGAACUGCUUCACCGGUCCUGUCUACAGUUUUCCUCUUUACCCAACAACCAAGCAAAAACCAGCAAAAGUUCAAGGGGCGCAACCGCUGGGGAAACUCCAACAGAACUAGCAUUUUCAGCACAACUCUCGGCAAACCAACAAGUGGAACAGAGGAUUUUCCCUUUAGAAACACACCAGUUCGUGUAGAGUCCUACCCUCAAAAAACUUCUAGUCCGCUCCUGGUUAUCUUACCACUGCUGGCCCUGCUGCUGCUUGUAAUCAUCUUUGUAGUCCUGGUUGUCUUUCUUCGACACAAUAGACAAAGGAAGCAGAGCACUGCUACACCAAAGGAGCCACCUUCCACUGGUCUUCCAAGCAGUCAGUCCUACCAGGGUCAAACUCAGAGGAGCACCACAGUUCCCACAGUGACUGUCACUCCACUAAACCACACCUGCCCAGGUAGCCCUGUUCUUGAUCGGUCACUGACACCAAAUCAGGGCUCAGCCUAUAACACGAUUGAUUCAAACAUGCUCAUAAGUUCUUGGAGUAAUGGGUCCCCUUCGUCAUCCUCCCAGAUUAUUCAAAUCGCCACUCCCACUCUGCAGAAGAAUCAGUACUGGGUAUGAACACAAACUAACUUGUAGCUAUAUAGGUGUUGGAGAAUACUGUUACAGCGUUGAUAUCAGAUUAAAAUGUGGUUGUGUACUUAAAUAAGGCUGCAAUAAAUUAUUACCUGUUGAAGGUUAUCAGCCUGAAGCUGCAUUAAUCAAUAUUUUUAUAUUAAUACUGAAUCAAAUUACAGUGUCAUGUGUAAGGUUUUACUUGUAGUGACGAAUUCAGAAUUAUCACCCAACCAGGUCUUUUUAGUCUCUUUCAGCGAAUUGUUUUGUUUUUUAUGGCACAUUACUACUUCAGUGUCAGAACUGUCAUGCUCAUGAGCACAAUUUCCAGCACCAGCAGGCUGCAAUCACCUAAUAACCACCAAACAUUAGAAACUAGCUUAGGAAGAAAAUCUAACAUUAACCACCAACUGGGUCAUAAUGUUGCUCUGAGUCCACUGGUGUGUAAUUAGGCAACAACUUUUGGAAGAACAACUUUAUAAGGACAUACUACUGUAUGCCAGUUCUUCUAGUGGCCAAAAAUUGAUUCAUGCAGCUUUAAGGAUGGAUAAAGGAGAGAAUCACUGUCACAGAAGCCCUUUGCAAUACAUUAAUCAGCAUCAGGACAGUUUAAGGAUUGAUUUGUGCCCCACAAUCCAUUAAAACACUGGUUCACAAUCCAACACCAGACACUGCUGUAUAUUAAGUUGGUGGUACAGACUUUGUUUCCAUAAGCAUUUACAUAGCGGUCAUCAUGUGGUAAAUUAUGUUUGGUGCCUAAUGUAUGUUCAAUCACUUACAUUGUUACCUGGUCCUCGCACGUUAAGUCUCUUCCAUUAUGAGUUAUGAUCAUUAGAGUGGAAGAUGAUGCUAAUAACAGCUUGAAACUGUGAAUUACUAAGACUGACACUGGCACAAAGGAAGUCUUGUCUAGGAAUUUCAAUUGAUUGUGCAGAUUUUAUAUUGUUGUUAUGUAUUAUAUAUUAUAGAAACUUUUUGUAAACUCAGGUAUUUUGUUAAGUCAUUUACUUCAUGUUACCUAUAAUGAGGGUUGCAUGUAUUGUCAUUGAGGUCUUUUUUUAACAUUACAGGGUUGAAAAUGCUUCCUACCAUAGCUCUAUAUUGAAAUGAGACAUUAUAAUGGCUGAUUUUGUACCACUAUUAAAACAGUUUUGUUUUACUGGCCUGAUCAAAUCACACUGUUUAAAAUGUUUUUACUAUGCACCAUAUUUAUAUAAUUUCAAAAAGGCACUACUGAUCUUAAAUAUUACACACAUCGACACUGUAUUCUACCCACCUUCACCUCAGUGAUUACAAUUCAACUAAUAGGUAUAUACUGUGGUCUAUUCACAGGUUCCCCUGCAGUUGAAUAGAUUGAUGGGUCCACCUACUUUUAAAGAGAUAGAGCAGCUAACCCUAAAAAAAUCUCAGUAGUCUGGGACUCUUCAUGAGCUUCUGGGGUGAAGCAUUUGAUUUGUCUGUCAAUAGGAUAAGUUGUCCAUCUCUUUCUUAUUCGAGCAGCAUUUUCUAGCAUAAUGAAUUAACCUUAACAAAUACGGACAGGUCUUUCCUAGACAGAUUACCAGAAACUGAGAAUUUAUUUGACUGAAAUGAGUGCUGGUAUUUAUAUGAAUUAUUUAACACUGAUAGGCCUGUUUAACUUGUGUCAUUAGAUUAUUGACAUUAUCUACUGUAGGCCUUGGUUGUUUGAUGCUGUAAUGAUUUAUUUACUGUAAAUUAAAGGUACUGUUCUGAUAUGUUCUGGCAAGCUAUGGGAGAUGAGCUGUCACAGAAAACUACUGUAAACUUAUAUGUUAUGAAAUCAUUUUGUGCUGAAGAGAAGUGUCUAUCCAUUCUAUUCCAGUCUUAUCUGAAUGAUGUAAUCCGAAGUGUCAUAUUUAUUUAUACCAUAUUUUUAAUAAACCACUUUAAAAUUUU